AUGCCAAUAUGCUCAGUCAGUUCCCGUCAAUGCUAUGAUGAUGGAAAAGAGUUUGCAGAACAGGCUCUGGUCUUUGACCAGGCUGGUGAUAUUGCAGCUGCUAUCUUCUACUACACUGAAGCUGCUAAUGUGCUCCUUACAGCCAUCAAUGUAGACGCAAGUAUGAGUCACCUCCGUCCAACUAUACUCAGCUACAUUGAUCGGGCAGAACAACUGAAGAAGGUGCUAAGCAUGUCCCCCAAGGUUCAGGGAGGUUCAGCGCAGACAGAGGACAGUGCGCUCAUGCGCAACAUAGAGUUUCUUAUGGAACAGGCUAUACUGGAGGAUGAAGCUGGUCACACCCUUACCGCUCUGGAAAGGUACAAGGAUACUGCUCAACUCUGUCUUCGAUCGAGAUCGAACGUCAGCAUGCAGUCCACUAUUCAGAAGCUCAGUCUCCGAGCUGACCAGAGUUUACACAGAGCAGAAGAGUUGACAGGUGUAAUACAGGAGGAGACAAAAGAGAAGGAAAAGAACACGCUUAGUAAUGAUACCGGUUACGUGGGCUCCUCCAGCGAGAGUGAGUCAGCGCCCCCCACGAUAUCACGGAGAGAAGAAGUUCCCCGAGUUUCUGACGAAACACCCCCAGAAAUAACCCCCGGAUCCAACUCUACCGACCACACCAGUGUUAUCAGGAAGCUGAAACCGGAGGAAGUAGAACUUCUCAAGAAGUCCUCUUACAUUAAUAAACAGCUGUUCUUACCCUGGAUGGAUUCAGAUAGAUUUGACAAAUUUUACUACAUCGAUAAGUUCACCGAUAAAAACGGAAACCUAGGCUUGGCAGAUAAACAGAAAAAGCAUUUUGGGGGUUGGAAGAGAAUAACAGAAAUAGCAGAGGAGCCAGCUAUAGUGAAACUCCCGUCCGCCUUCAGUAUACGUCAGACUGUCGUAUCAGACUGCUCUUUUGUAGCGUCCCUCGCGGUUAGCGCACAUUUUGAGAGGCGGUUCAAGACCCAGAUCGUCACCAAUAUCAUCUACCCCCAGAAUAGGAAAGGCUUCCCAGUUGUAAAUCCAAGCGGGAAAUACGUCGUCCGACUCUGGUUAAAUGGAGUCUAUAGAAAGGUUACUAUAGACGACUACCUCCCCACGGAUAGACACGGAGAUUUGCUGUGUUCCUACAGCUCCAACAAGAGCGAGUUCUGGGUGUCACUCCUCGAGAAGGCUUAUCUCAAGGUGAUGGGAGGGUACGAUUUCCCGGGUUCCUCCAGCAACGUGGAUCUAACAGCGCUUACUGGCUGGAUACCGGAGCGGGUGAAUGUCAAGAGAACUGAAACUAAGAUAACUGACAGUCUUUAUCUUCGAAUGCUGGAUGGACACAGGACGGGAGAUGUCCUGAUGACGGUGGCUACAGGAGCUCUCUCCAAGGAGGAGUGCGAUAGGACCGGCCUUGUUGAAUGUCACGCUUACGCUGUCCUUGAUCUGAAGAAUGUAAACGGUCUCCGGAUGAUCCAGCUGAAGAAUCCGUGGUGCCAUCUCCGGUGGAAAGGCAAGUUUUCUCCUCUUGACAAAGAAAGCUGGACUCCAGAACUUCAGAAAGCGCUGAAUUUUGACGUUAUGUCCGCGAUAGAGUACGAUAACGGGGUAUUCUGGAUCAGCUGGGAGAUCUGUCUACACUUCUUCGAUGUGGUGUAUCUCAACUGGAACCCCAAACUGUUCCUUUACAGAUACAAUCUGCAUGCAGACUGGGCUGCAGGUCAGGGCCCCAAGAAGGACCACUACAAUCUGGAGUACAACCCUCAGUACAAACUAGACGUGUUGGAGGCUAAGAAACCCUGCACUAUGUGGAUAUUGUUGAGCAGGCAUAUAACAGAGAAAGACGAUUUCGCGAACAACAAAGAAUUCAUCACCCUGCACGUUUAUAAAACCAACGGAGACAGGGUCUACUAUCCUGAUGACGCUUUACUUAGUGGUACGAAGAUAAACUCGCCCCACUAUUUAGCCCGUAUAAACGCAGGAGCCGGUUCUAGUACCUACACUCUGGUAGUAUCCCAGUAUGAGAAGACCAGUACUAUUAGCUACAGUAUUCGAGUGUUUUGUACGGAGAACUUCAAGAUAGGUAACAUCCCCCACCACUAUCCAUACGAGUUCAAGUUAACAGGAGAGUGGACUGCUCAACUUGCUGGAGGCUGCCCUAACUACAGCACCCACAAGAACAACCCGACCUACCUUCUAACAGUGGACCCUCACGACUGUUCAGAGACGGAGUGCUUUGUUAAGCUGGAGGCUCCCAAAGCUUUUCAUACUGGCUUCUCCAUCGUCCCAACUUCAGAUCAAAAGUUCAGCAAAACGAACUCAGGGAAAUUCAGAAACGGAAUGUCCGUGAAAAUUUUCAAACGUCUACCAGCGGGGACAUACCACAUAAUACCAUCUACAUUCGAGCCUGGACAGUGCGGGAAGUUCUUCUUAACAGUCGGCUCUACUAACCGUAUCAAAAUAGCAAGGAAGAGUUGAUGAUGCCGGUUUAGCAGUUAGCUUGGAUUUGUGUGAAGUUUCUAGGGGGUUUUCUAAAGCACGUGCGCUGCAAAACUGCAGUUCAGAAUUGAGAAGAAUUUGAUAUUGUUAAUUUUAAUAUUGAUAUUUGGUUACUCUUUGUACUUUUAGUCAGUGAAUAGUGACUGACGUUCGUGCUAAUGUAAUGUAUAAACAGAAAAUGAAGUCUCUCUGAGAUUUAAAACAGCUCUUUGAAGGUACUAGCCGCGAGGGACUACGGUAUAAUAUUAAUAGUAUAAUACCAUUUAAAAUAACAUUUACCAUUUAUAGUGCCAUUUACAUUGUUCAAGUUCUUUAGUAGUUAAGUUUUAUUAAGUGUUAUCAGAAUGAAUGCAAACUAUGACAUUUUAAUAUAGGUUUAUUUAAUGUUUGCAAUUUCGUAGUGUUUUUAAAUUCUGUGUUAUAUAAAUUAGGAUACAGUACAGAGGAUUAGUCGUAUUUUACCAGUAUCUUUUUGUUGGUUGUGUGGUUCAAAGAUAAACCGAUUUCAAUUUGACAUUUGAAUUGAAGAAACAGUAUAACUGUGUUGUUAUUUAUAUCUACACUAUAUUUAUAUCUACACUUUAUAUACUGAACUUUAUUCCUACUC